GUGGUUGCGAGAGACUUACCUGCAGCUCGAAACUGCGUGGGAAGUGACACUUUACGAUUUACAAUAAAUAUGUUUGUUUUUCAGAUUCAAAACCUACAUUAUUAAUAAAAUCAACAGGGUUAUUCCGUCUCGAUUCUAAAAGAUCAUGCAAAAAAGGGCUGGAUGGAGGGCUAGUUUCUUGUGGUUAAUCGAGCAGACACCUGCGCGCGCGUGUCAGCGGGUUUCGCUAUAGGUGACGACAAAGGGCCGCCUGCAUGACACAUGAACGGCAACACAGUGGACCUACAGCGGCCAAUUUGACAAAUACGUCGAAUGACAUGGACCCGCUCAAAUCUGGGAAAAAAUUUCCGGACAGUGGCUUGGACCAGACAGAUGAGUUUCUACCUGCAUCGGAUACAAAGAAGUUACAGAAGAACAGGAUAUCGGGCAGGGUGAUUGUGGCAAUAGGUCUCACAGCAUUCGCCAUCAUUGCAUUAGUAACUGGACUGCUAGUGUGGCAUUUCCAUUUCAGGCCAAUUGGAAAGGUGAAGAAGUUGUUCAGUGGUUAUUUGACCAUCUCCAGUCAGACGUUCUCAGAUGCUUAUGAAAACUCUAACAGCACUGAAUAUAAAGAACUCGCUUCAAAGGUCUCAAAUCAGCUCAAAACUAUAUACGGUCAAGUACAGUUGCUGUCCAGGUACCAUGUGGUAUCCAGUGUGCAAGGUUUCAGUGAGGGCAGUAAUAACGGUAUCAUCGCAUAUUACCUGUCUGAGUUUAAUGUGCGGGCGUCCAAAUUAUCUGCUGUGGACGAGGCCAUUGCAUCCAUGGAUGGAGUGGAAAAUGUACGGAAAAGCCGGAGUGGUUUUGGUCGCAGGACUGACAAUAGCCUCACCAUUGAUGGCAUGACAUCAGGAGCUGUGGAUGCUCGGUUAGCUGGCAAAAACCUCAAACGGUCCACUAAGAGGUCUCAUCAUGCCCAUGAGAACCAGACAGACAUUAUCCGGUCUCCAGGUUUUCCUGAUUCCUCCUACUCUCCCAACCUUUACAGCGAGUGGCAGAUUCGGGCCGACCCAGAGCACAGGAUCAGACUAGAGUUUGACGUCCUAGACCUGGAGAAAGACUGUCGUAAUGAUUUCGUCAAAGUGUAUGACUCAUUAGCACCAUCAGAGAAGCAAGUCAUAACGGAGAAAUGUGGAUAUCGCUUACCAAAUGAGAAGCUCAUUUUCAUCUCCUCUGGGAAUGUCAUGCUGGUUACACUGGUUACAAAUGAAGAGAAAAACUUCCCAGGUUUCAGGGCAUUUUACUCUCAGAUUCCAGCCAAAAUUCAAGACUGCGGAGGGAGACUAACAGGGCUUCGGGGUACCUUCACAUCACCUGGCUAUCCCUCCCAUUACCCACCUCAGAUUGACUGUGUCUGGAACAUUGAGGUUCCACCAGGAAAGCAUAUCAAGAUAAAGUUUGACAAGUUAUCUAUACAUAGCACUGAAAAGGACACCAUCAGCUGUCGCACAGACUACUUGGAGUUAAAUUACAGAAUAUGUGGAGAGAAGCCACCUAAAACAGUGUACACUAUCAAAUCAAACCAAGCAACAGUCAAAUUUCAUUCUGACAUGUCCUACGUGAGCGAGGGCUUUUCUGCAGAGUUUGAGGCCUUUGAACCCACUAAUCCCUGUCCUGGGAGGUUCCAGUGUGACAAUGAUCUGUGUGUGUCUACUAACCUACAGUGUGAUGGCUACAAUGACUGUGGAGAUAUGAGUGAUGAGAGGGGCUGCAACUGUAAUGUGACUCAAAUCAAAUGCAAGAACGGCUUCUGCAAACCCAGUUUCUGGCUCUGUGAUGGGGUGAAUGAUUGCGGAGAUAACACUGAUGAGGAAAACUGUGGGAAUUGUAAAGCUCAAGAGUUCAGAUGUCGAAAUGGCCUCUGCAUUUCAACUCAUAAGGAGUGUAAUGGCUACAACGACUGUGGAGAUGGCUCAGAUGAAUCUCAGUGUGAGAAAUCCAUAGCUAUUCGCUGCUCUGAUCACUCUUAUAAGUGCAAGAAUAACCAAUGCAUUAGCAAGCUGAACCCUAUGUGUGAUGGAGAAACUGACUGUACGGACGGUUCGGAUGAAGCAGAGUGUAAAUGCGGGACAAAGCCCUACAAGUCCAGUCGUAUUGUGGGUGGAAAGGACUCGAAUGAUGGAGAAUGGCCCUGGCAGGUCAGCCUCCACAUGAAGAGACAAGGUCAUGUGUGCGGGGCGUCUGUUAUCAGUAACCGCUGGCUUGUCACUGCUGCUCACUGCGUGCAGGACAGUGAAAAGUUCAAGUAUUCGCAGCCUGACCAGUGGGAAGUCUAUCUAGGCCUACUUAACCAGGGUGAGACUAAUAAGUCAACCCUAAAAAGUUUGAAGCGCAUAAUUUCUCACCCUCAGUAUGAUCCCCUGAGCUACGACAAUGACAUCGCUCUAAUGGAGUUGGACAGCCCUGUGACUCUAAGCCAGAACAUCUGGCCUGUCUGCUUACCUGAAGCCACACAUGACUUCCCAGCAGGCAAAUCUGUAUGGAUCACUGGCUGGGGCAAGACAAGAGAAGAAGUUGAUGAUGUUGCAUCAGUGUUGCAGAAGGCAGAGGUGCGCAUUAUUAACAGCACUGUGUGCAGCAAGCUGAUGGAUGAAGGGACAACACCACGCAUGAUCUGUGCAGGUGUAUUGAGUGGAGGUGUAGAUGCCUGUCAGGGUGACUCAGGUGGGCCAAUGACUUCCACUGAGAGCAAUGGGCGCAUGUUCCUUGCUGGAGUGGUGAGUUGGGGAGAUGGCUGCGGUCGCAAGAACAGGCCUGGUGUCUAUACACGGGUCACAGAAUACCGCAGCUGGAUCAAGCAGAUGACAGGGGUUUAGUGUCACAACGGUGACACGAAAUGGACUAAAGCCUAACAACCUGUAUUGAAAGUUAUUGAGGAAAAUUGAAGGCAUUCAUAUUCGUCAAGUCAUGUUUCCGGAGCCAUAAAGAUUCUUAUAAUCAGCCCACAUGAUGUGCACAGGAAAGUUUUCUUUGAUGAAGAUUUGUUUCGUUUUUUCAUAAUAAGGAGCUCUCAUAGUCACAAAUCUAUCUUUGUGUAUCUGAAUGUGUUUACACUCUUAAAUGAGUUUUGUCUAUAUGGACUAUGCUGUUUUUUAGCUCAAAUGAACUGCGUUUCUCUUUCUGUGGAGGAAAAGUAUUCUUGCUGCCUUGCUAAGUCAUUAAAACUUGAGUGCUUCUCAGGGAUUUUUGUGUAAUUGAUGGCGUAACAUGUCAAUGGGCUGUGCUUUGUUUUUGUUUGUAUUACAUUAUAGCUUUAUAAUCUCCUUUCAUACCAAAGAAUCUUGAUAAUCAGAUCUGUGCCCAAAUGUUUUUUAUGGCUAAAUAAUAGGAAACAAUUUUAGAGUAUUCAUU